AUGCCCCUUAAAAAGCCAGAAAUGCGUGCUGCUUUCACUGCAGCUUGUCACAAAGUGACAUGCCAGCUGGAAACUAUUAAGAUAGAAUUUCUUCCUCCUAACACAACCGCGCUAAUACAGCCUCGGGACCACCCUCUGGACCAAGGCGUGAUACAUGCAUUUCAGUACAGACAAAUUAUUGACCAAAAUCAAAUUUGCGCGCUGGAGCGACAAAUUUCUGGACCGACGUGUCGGAUGGUAAAGCCACAACUUAUUGUCAACUGUUUCAAGAAGGCCAAAUUUCGCACAACGACCUAUGAUACUGAUUCCGAAGCUGAAUACGUGAGCUGUGAUAGCGAUUUGCAAUGCUAUGGCCAACUUAUUGAGAACGAUAUUAUGCAAAGCUGAGAAGAAGAAGAGGAAGAAGGCGAUGAUAACAAUAAUGCACACAUUUUAGGUAGGGCGGGUGCACAAAUGUUGGCCAG